AUGGACGUACGUCGACCCAUAAGGGAGGCAGUCAACGGCAGAAGGAAACCCAAAUUUUUAAGUGUUUCGUUUAACCAGGAUGACUCGUGUUUCAGUGUUGCAUUAGAGAAUGGAUUUCGUAUUUUCAAUACAGACCCAUUGACUAGCAAGCUGUCGAAAAUAUUCAAGGAAUCCCCGACCAAUCAGUCCAGAGGUACCGGGAUCGGCUACACCAGGAUGCUUUAUCGUACAAACUAUAUCGCCUUAGUUGGUGGUGGUAAACGACCAAGGCAUGCUCUGAAUAAGCUGAUCAUCUGGGAUGAUCUUUUGCAAAAGGAAACAAUUACUCUGAAGUUCAUGUCUUCCAUUAAAGACGUAUUUUUAUCCAGAAUUCAUAUUGUGGUAGUUUUGGAGAACACGAUAGAAAUCUUCCAAUUUCAAACAAACCCUCAAAGAACCUGUCCCAUUCUGGAUAUCCCCUCCAAUGGAUCAGUGGACUACGUAGUCUGUAGUAGCAAACAUCUCCAGUCGCAGACAUCAUCGCACUCGCAGUCCAAGAUCGUAGAAAUCAUUGCAUUCCCAUCAAGCAAAUGUGUAGGUCAAAUUCAGGUUGCUGAUCUAUCACAGAUAAAGCAUAAUUCACAAAACCCGAAAGAAUCAACACUUUUGCCCACUUCCAUUAUUAAAGCACAUAAAAAUCAGAUCAAACUGAUUAGAUUAAACCAUCAAGGCACCAUGGUAGCCACAUGUUCCGUGCAGGGUACACUAAUAAGAAUCUUCAGCACACAUAACGGUACUCUGAUUAAAGAAUUCAGAAGAGGCAUGGACAAGGCGGAUAUUUACGAAAUGAGUUUCAGUCCCAAUGGCGGCAAGUUGGCGGCAUUGUCAAAUAAGCAAACAUUGCAUAUCUUCCAAAUUUUUGAAACAAACAAUGCAGAAACCAAUUCAGUCGACCAUUCUCAUGUCAAUGGUUCGAGUCAUCCCUUGACAAAUUAUAUACCGAAGGGCCUGUGGAGACCCAAGUAUUUAGACUCUGUGUGGUCGAUAUGCAAUGCUCACUUGAAGAACCCACUUUUUGACGCCCACAGAAAUGCUAGCAGUGGUGAUGCAACUCAUGAUGACGAGUUCUACAAGGACAGGUGUAGGAUCGGUUGGUGCCAAGAUAUCAAUAACCAAGAACAAGACGACUCGUUGGUUCUGGUGUGGCAAAACUCGGGGAUAUGGGAGAAAUUUGUUAUUUUGGAAAAGGAACAACAACAAGACUCAUCGAAAACGCAUUAUUCAUUGAACGAAAGCUUAAGGAACGAAGAUACAAAAUCGACGCGCGAACCCACCAGAUGGGAAUUGGUGAGAGAAUCAUGGAGGGAACUUUAA